AUGGACGUGGACGUGGACGUGGACGUGGACGUGGACGUGGACAUGGACGUGGACGUGGACGUGGACGUGGACGUGGACGUGGACAUGGACGUGGACGUGGACAUGGACGUGGACGUGGACGUGGACGUGGACAUGGACGUGGACGUGGACGUGGACAUGGACGUGGACGUGGACGUGGACAUGGACGUGGACAUGGACGUGGACAUGGACGUGGACUGGACGGACGUGGACGUGGACGUGGACAUGGACGUGGACGUGGACGUGGACGUGGACGUGGACGUGGACGGGGACAUGGACGUGGACGUGGACGUGGACGUGGACGUGGACGUGGACGUGGACGUGGACGUGGACGUGGACAUGGACGUGGACGUGGACGUGGACAUGGACGUGGACGUGGACAUGGACGUGGACGUGGACAUGGACGUGGACAUGGACGUGGACAUGGACGUGGACGUGGACGUGGACGUGGACAUGGACGUGGACGUGGACGUGGACGUGGACAUGGACGUGGACGUGGACGUGGACGUGGACGUGGACGUGGACAUGGACGUGGACGUGGACGUGGACAUGGACGUGGACGUGGACGUGGACAUGGACGACGUGGACGUGGACAUGGACGUGGACGUGGACGUGGACGUGGACGUGGACGUGGACGUGGACGUGGACAUGGACGUGGACGUGGACGUGGACGUGGACGUGGACAUGGACGUGGACUGGACGUGGACGUGGACGUGGACGUGGACGUGGACGUGGACGUGGACGUGGACAUGGACGUGGACGUGGACGUGGACGUGGACAUGGACAUGGACGUGGACGUGGACGUGGACGUGGACGUGGACAUGGACGUGGACGUGGACAUGGACGUGGACGUGGACAUGGACGUGGACAUGGACGUGGACAUGGACGUGGACAUGGACGUGGACGUGGACGUGGACAUGGACGUGGACAUGGACGUGGACAUGGACGUGGACAUGGACGUGGACGUGGACGUGGACGUGGACAUGGACGUGGACGUGGACGUGGACGUGGACGUGGACAUGGACGUGGACGUGGACGUGGACGUGGACGUGGACGUGGACGUGGACGUGGACGUGGACGUGGACGUGGACAUGGACGUGGACGUGGACGUGGACAUGGACGUGGACGUGGACGUGGACGUGGACGUGGACGUGGACGUGGACAUGGACGUGGACAUGGACGUGGACGUGGACGUGGACGUGGACAUGGACGUGGACGUGGACAUGGACGUGGACAUGGACGUGGACGUGGACGUGGACGUGGACGUGGACGUGGACAUGGACGUGGACGUGGACGUGGACAUGGACGUGGACGUGGACGUGGACAUGGACGUGGACAUGGACGUGGACAUGGACGUGGACGUGGACGUGGACGUGGACGUGGACAUGGACGUGGACGUGGACGUGGACAUGGACGUGGACGUGGACAUGGACGUGGACAUGGGACGUGGACGUGGACGUGGACGUGGACAUGGACGUGGACAUGGACGUGGACGUGGACGUGGACGUGGACAUGGACGUGGACGUGGACGUGGACGUGGACGUGGACGUGGACAUGGACGUGGACAUGGACGUGGACGUGGACAUGGACGUGGACGUGGACGUGGACGUGGACGUGGACGUGGACGUGGACGUGGACGUGGACAUGGACGUGGACGUGGACGUGGACGUGGACAUGGACGUGGACAUGGACGUGGACAUGGACGUGGACGUGGACAUGGACGUGGACGUGGACGUGGACAUGGACGUGGACGUGGACGUGGACAUGGACGUGGACAUGGACGUGGACGGACGUGGACGUGGACAUGGACGUGGACGUGGACGUGGACGUGGACGUGGACGUGGACGUGGACGUGGACAUGGACGUGGACGUGGACGUGGACGUGGACGUGGACAUGGACGUGGACUGGACGUGGACGUGGACGUGGACGUGGACAUGGACGUGGACAUGGACGUGGACGUGGACGUGGACGUGGACGUGGACGUGGAGGACGUGGACGUGGACAUGGACGUGGACGUGGACGUGGACGUGGACAUGGACGUGGACGUGGACGUGGACGUGGACGUGGACGUGGACGUGGACGUGGACGUGGACAUGGACGUGGACGUGGACAUGGACGUGGACGUGGACGUGGACGUGGACGUGGACGUGGACGUGGACGUGGACAUGGACGUGGACGUGGACGUGGACGUGGACAUGGACAUGGACGUGGACGUGGACGUGGACAUGGACGUGGACAUGGACGUGGACGUGGACAUGGACGUGGACGUGGACGUGGACAUGGACGUGGACGUGGACGUGGACAUGGACGUGGACAUGGACGUGGACAUGGACGUGGACGUGGACGUGGACGUGGACAUGGACGUGGACGUGGACAUGGACGUGGACGUGGACGUGGACGUGGACGUGGACAUGGACGUGGACGUGGACGUGGACAUGGACGUGGACGUGGACGUGGACAUGGACGUGGACAUGGACGUGGACAUGGACGUGGACAUGGACGUGGACAUGGACGUGGACAUGGACGUGGACGUGGACAUGGACGUGGACGUGGACGUGGACGUGGACGUGGACAUGGACGUGGACGUGGACGUGGACAUGGACGUGGACAUGGACGUGGACGUGGACGUGGACGUGGACAUGGACGUGGACGUGGACGUGGACGUGGACGUGGACGUGGACAUGGACGUGGACAUGGACGUGGACGUGGACGUGGACGUGGACAUGGACGUGGACGUGGACGUGGACGUGGACGUGGACGUGGACGUGGACGUGGACGUGGACAUGGACGUGGACGUGGACGUGGACGUGGACGUGGACGUGGACAUGGACGUGGACGUGGACGUGGACAUGGACGUGGACGUGGACGUGGACGUGGACGUGGACGUGGACAUGGACGUGGACAUGGACGUGGACAUGGACGUGGACGUGGACGUGGACGUGGACAUGGACGUGGACGUGGACGUGGACAUGGACGUGGACAUGGACGUGGACAUGGACGUGGACGUGGACGUGGACGUGGACGUGGACAUGGACGUGGACGUGGACGUGGACGUGGACAUGGACGUGGACGUGGACGUGGACGUGGACAUGGACGACGUGGACGUGGACAUGGACGUGGACGUGGACGUGGACGUGGACAUGGACGUGGACGUGGACGUGGACAUGGACGUGGACGUGGACGUGGACGUGGACAUGGACGUGGACGUGGACGUGGACGUGGACGUGGACGUGGACGUGGACGUGGACGUGGACGUGGACGUGGACGUGGACGUGGACAUGGACGUGGACGUGGACGUGGACGUGGACAUGGACAUGGACGUGGACGUGGACGUGGACGUGGACGUGGACAUGGACGUGGACGUGGACAUGGACGUGGACGUGGACAUGGACGUGGACAUGGACGUGGACAUGGACGUGGACAUGGACGUGGACGUGGACGUGGACAUGGGACUGGACAUGGACGUGGACAUGGACGUGGACAUGGACGUGGACGUGGACGUGGACGUGGACGUGGACAUGGACGUGGACGUGGACGUGGACGUGGACGUGGACAUGGACGUGGACGUGGACGUGGACGUGGACGUGGACGUGGACGUGGACGUGGACGUGGACGUGGACGUGGACAUGGACGUGGACGUGGACGUGGACGUGGACGUGGACGUGGACGUGGACGUGGACAUGGACGUGGACGUGGACAUGGACGUGGACGUGGACGUGGACGUGGACAUGGACGUGGACAUGGACGUGGACGUGGACAUGGACGUGGACAUGGACGUGGUGGACGUGGACAUGGACGUGGACAUGGACGUGGACGUGGACGUGGACGUGGACGUGGACGUGGACAUGGACGUGGACGUGGACGUGGACGUGGACAUGGACGUGGACGUGGACAUGGACGUGGACAUGGACGUGGACAUGGACGUGGACGUGGACAUGGACGUGGACGUGGACGUGGACAUGGACGUGGACGUGGACGUGGACAUGGACGUGGACGUGGACGUGGACGUGGACGUGGACAUGGACGUGGACGUGGACGUGGACGUGGACGUGGACAUGGACGUGGACGUGGACGUGGACGUGGACGUGGACGUGGACGUGGACAUGGACGUGGACAUGGACGUGGACGUGGACAUGGACGUGGACGUGGACGUGGACAUGGACGUGGACGUGGACGUGGACGUGGACGUGGACGUGGACAUGGACGUGGACGUGGACGUGGACGUGGACGUGGACAUGGACGUGGACAUGGACGUGGACGUGGACGUGGACGUGGACAUGGACGUGGACGUGGACGUGGACAUGGACGUGGACGUGGACGACGUGGACAUGGACAUGGACGUGGACGUGGACGUGGACAUGGACGUGGACGUGGACGUGGACAUGGACGUGGACGUGGACGUGGACGUGGACGUGGACGUGGACAUGGACGUGGACGUGGACGUGGACGUGGACGUGGACAUGGACGUGGACGUGGACGUGGACGUGGACGUGGACGUGGACGUGGACGUGGACGUGGACGUGGACGUGGACGUGGACGUGGACAUGGACGUGGACAUGGACGUGGACGUGGACGUGGACAUGGACGUGGACGUGGACGUGGACGUGGACGUGGACAUGGACGUGGACAUGGACGUGGACAUGGACGUGGACGUGGACAUGGACGUGGACGUGGACGUGGACAUGGACGUGGACGUGGACGUGGACGUGGACGUGGACAUGGACGUGGACGUGGACGUGGACAUGGACGUGGACGUGGACAUGGACGUGGACAUGGACGUGGACAUGGACGUGGACGUGGACAUGGACGUGGACGUGGACGUGGACAUGGACGUGGACGUGGACAUGGACGUGGACAUGGACGUGGACGUGGACGUGGACGUGGACAUGGACGUGGACAUGGACGUGGACGUGGACGUGGACGUGGACAUGGACGUGGACGUGGACGUGGACGUGGACGUGGACGUGGACGUGGACAUGGACGUGGACAUGGACGUGGACGUGGACAUGGACGUGGACGUGGACGUGGACGUGACGUGGACGUGGACGUGGACGUGGACGUGGACGUGGACAUGGACGUGGACGUGGACGUGGACGUGGACGUGGACGUGGACAUGGACGUGGACAUGGACGUGGACGUGGACAUGGACGUGGACGUGGACGUGGACAUGGACGUGGACGUGGACGUGGACAUGGACGUGGACAUGGACGUGGACGGACGUGGACGUGGACAUGGACGUGGACGUGGACGUGGACGUGGACGUGGACGUGGACGUGGACGUGGACAUGGACGUGGACGUGGACAUGGACGUGGACGUGGACAUGGACGACGUGGACAUGGACGUGGACAUGGACGUGGACGUGGACGUGGACAUGGACGUGGACGUGGACGUGGACAUGGACGUGGACGUGGACGUGGACGUGGACAUGGACAUGGACGUGGACGUGGACGUGGACGUGGACGUGGACGUGGACGUGGACGUGGACGUGGACGUGGACGUGGACGUGGACAUGGACGUGGACGUGGACGUGGACGUGGACAUGGACGUGGACGUGGACGUGGACAUGGACGUGGACGUGGACGUGGACGUGGACGUGGACGUGGACAUGGACGUGGACGUGGACGUGGACGUGGACGUGGACAUGGACGUGGACAUGGACGUGGACGUGGACGUGGACGUGGACAUGGACGUGGACGUGGACGUGGACAUGGACGUGGACGUGGACGUGGACGCGGACGUGGACGUGGACAUGGACGUGGACGUGGACGUGGACGUGGACGUGGACGUGGACGUGGACGUGGACGUGGACAUGGACGUGGACGUGGACGUGGACGUGGACAUGGACGUGGACGUGGACGUGGACAUGGACGUGGACGUGGACGUGGACGGACGUGGACAUGGACGUGGACGUGGACGUGGACGUGGACGUGGACGUGGACGUGGACAUGGACGUGGACGUGGACGUGGACGUGGACGUGGACGUGGACGUGGACGUGGACAUGGACGUGGACGUGGACGUGGACGUGGACGUGGACAUGGACGUGGACGUGGACAUGGACGUGGACGUGGACGUGGACGUGGACGUGGACAUGGACGUGGACGUGGACGUGGACGUGGACAUGGACGUGGACGUGGACGUGGACGUGGACGUGGACUGGACGUGGACGUGGACGUGGACAUGGACGUGGACGUGGACGUGGACAUGGACGUGGACGUGGACGUGGACGUGGACAUGGACGUGGACAUGGACGUGGACGUGGACGUGGACAUGGACGUGGACGUGGACGUGGACGUGGACGUGGACGUGGACGUGGACGUGGACGUGGACAUGGACGUGGACGUGGACGUGGACAUGGACGUGGACAUGGACGUGGACGUGGACGUGGACAUGGACGUGGACGUGGACGUGGACAUGGACGUGGACGUGGACGUGGACGUGGACGUGGACGUGGACGUGGACAUGGACGUGGACGUGGACGUGGACGUGGACUGGACGUGGACAUGGACGUGGACGUGGACGUGGACGUGGACGUGGACGUGGACGUGGACAUGGACAUGGACGUGGACGUGA